ACAUGGAAUAAAAGCUUUGACUUUUAGCACUUAGCUCGUGCUGUAAACAUGAAUCUGCCAAUUGGCCUGAUUAAAAUGUUCAACUACAAUAAGUACACGAUGGGCCGUGUAAAGACUAAAUACCGGUUGUAAUAGCUGGCUCGUUCCAAGAGAACCAUAUUUUGAAUCAAAUAUAUUAAGAAUGGAUGAAACUGGCUUAUUUUUUCCUUCGCUGUAUUUGAGGUUUUGACCAAAAAUGAAGUUUUUUUCUGAUCUAAGUUCCGGGUCUUCUGGGCGGGCUGCAGUCCUGCAGUGACAUACAGAUCUACUCCAGGACGCCGGGACGCAAGUGCAACAGAAAACCCAGACUACAACCCUAACCCAGCCAUACUCAUGGAACAAUACUGGAUGUGGUCGGAUACUUUUUCCUCCUGUGUGCAGAGCACAGAAAUGGAUUACGCAAGUGAGUCACUGCUCACACACACACAGUUUGGCACAACAUGACUGCAGCCCUACAUCAGUGCACACAGGGUGUGUGUUGGUAGGGGAUGAAGGGCCCUGCUCUCUCUCUCCCUCUCUUUCUCCUCUGGCCUCAGCGGAAGGGAGGCACCUGCACGCCUGCGCUAAGCUCUCCCAUCCCCCCCGCCCACUCCCCUCCAUCAUCUGUCCCUUAGCUCCCGCACAUCCAUUGCAGGGCAGGACAUCCAGCAUUUGCAGGGAGAGAGGGAGAGAGAGAGAGAGGGAGAGGGAGAGGGAGGAUGAAGCAGAGGGAGGCGGAGGGAGCAUAUGACACAAAGGAGAGAGAGAGAGGGAGAAAUAGAUCACAGCGUUGGAGAGCGGCAGAGGGAGGCUGCAGAUAUCGAUGGCGUCAACAAUGGAGCGUUAGGAUCCAGGGAGGUGGUAGUCGGCCAGACAACGGCUGAGGGUAAAGAUAUUUGAGGAGGGGGGCUCCUCCUCAGUGAGCAUAGGGGGAGGAGGAGGAGGAGGAGGAGGAUGGGCCUCGAACACAGACUUGCAAUGGCACUGCAAAAAUUGGAUUAAAGCAGUAUGGUAACGUUUCUGAUUUAAUUUAUUGCUGUGCUGCUUGUGUCUCAUCCUCGUGUGUGCACAUCCAUCGGCCAUCGCUCACGUCACCCCGUGUCUCCGGCCGCCCGCGAGGACACGGCCACAUCUCUGUCCUCUCGGGCUGGACAAGAGUGAGGUGGCAACACUAGGCCUACCCUCCACCACCAGCCAUGGGGGCUCUGACAGCAACAUCAGUGCGGAGGGAGCAGGGGCGGCGUCCAGUGUCAUGGCCGGGGGUGCGGAGGGUUCAGUGACCGGCGAGCCGCAGCGGAUGCGCGCUGCCCUGGAGCACCUGCAGCAGAAGGUCCUGAAGGUCACCGAGCAGAUCCGCGUGGAGCAGGAGGCCCGCGACGACAACGUCGCAGAGUACCUGAAGUUGGCCCACAACGCAGACAAACAGCAGGCGUCCAGGAUCAAGCAGGUCUUCGAGAAGAAGAACCAGAAGUCGGCACAGACCAUCGCACACUUGCACAAGAAACUAGAACACUAUCACAAGAAGCUAAAGGAGAUCGAACAAAAUGGACCGGCCCGGCAGCCUAAGGAUGUCCUGCGGGACAUGCAGCAGGGACUGAAAGGCGUGAGGGCCAACGUUCGUGCUGGGUUCAGUGGUUUCGGAGGUGGGGUAGUUGAAGGUGUCAAAGGCGGCGUUACUGCCCUCACUCACACAGCCGUGGUCUCCAAGCCGAGAGAGUUUGCCAGUCUCAUCAGGAACAAGUUCGGAAGCGCAGAUAACAUUGCUCACCUAAAGGACACACUCGAGGACGGAGUCGGGGGCCACUCUGAAGACGCCCCCACGCCUCGUGCUCUGAGCGGCAGUGCCACUCUGGUCUCCAGCCCAAAGUACGGCAGUGACGACGAGUGUUCCAGCGCCACGUCCGGCUCCGGAGCAGCUAGUAAUUCCGGUGGUGCCGGGGGAGGAGGGGGGAUGUUAGGGCCAACAAUGGGGAGUCCCAGGCUGGACGGGCACCACCACCACCAUCACAUGCACAGCUCUUGGGACUCUCUCCUCGAGGGCCUGCAGGAGAUCAAAGCCAGUCAGGCACAUAUGGAGGACGCCAUCGAGGACAUGAAGGGCCAACUGCAGAGCGACUACUCCUACAUGACACAGUGCCUGCAAGAGGAAAGAUACAGGUAUGAGCGACUUGAAGAGCAGCUGAAUGACUUAACAGAGCUGCACCAGAAUGAGAUGACCAACCUUAAACAGGAGCUCGCCAGCAUGGAGGAAAAAGUGGCCUACCAGUCGUACGAGAGAGCGAGAGACAUUCAGGAGGCCGUGGAGUCGUGCCUGACCCGCGUCACCAAGCUGGAGCUGCAGCAGCAGCAGCAGCAGGUCGUCCAGUUGGAGGGAGUGGAGAACGCCAACGCCCGAGCUCUGCUGGGAAAACUCAUCAACAUCAUCCUGGCGCUCAUGGCCGUGCUGCUGGUCUUCGUCUCCACGCUGGCCAACUUCAUCACCCCGCUGAUGAAGACCCGAGCCCGGGUUGCCACCACCGUCCUGCUGACCCUGCUGCUGUUCGUCCUGUGGAAGCAGUGGGACUUUGUGGAGACGUGGCUGCUGCCCAGCUGAGCUCCCGUCCGAGCGAGAGACUCCGGCGGGGACCAGAGCACAGAGUCACGUGCUGGUUUCUAACUCAGUCGCCACCACUGAAGGAUUCAGGGACUGAAAUAGAACAAGAGCUGCUGCACUCGUCCCCCUCUGACUUUAAAGUGGGAGGAUCUGAGGACAAAAACAUGGCACUUUUAGUCGAGGACGGGGCAAGAUCUCAGCCUGCGGAGUGUGCUGAGAGGUGGAAUCAUCUCAUUUCGUCCAAAUGUAUUGCUUCUGAUGAUCAGUCAUCGAUUGCUGUCACCAAAAACUGAGUCUCAUGCAAGACAUCGUUGGAUCGUCUUUUCUAAUUAUUUAUGAAACAGACUCGAGCAACUUAAAAUGAGUGUAAAAUGCUGAUGUUCGCUGUAACCUUCAUGUUGAAGCUAUAGUAUAUCGGAGAGAAAAGGGUUUUUUUCAUGAAUGUUAUGUGCUCAUGCAUGUCCUCAUAUUUGCACUGAAAUAAAUUUAGCUGGCAUGAGUGGACAUCUCAUUGAUGACAAAAUGAAUCUUAUAUAACUUGUACAUUUUGUUGUGAGAUAUUUUGUAUUCCAUGUCAUUCCUGGUGUGUUUCACAUCCUGGUCUGGUGUUGCUUUUAGAUGCAUUUCUUUCUUUUGGUCUUUUGCUUGAAGGCGAAUGAACAGUUUAAGAAAACCAAACCAACAAUCACUGGUAUCUACUGAAAUUCAGCACAAUAAUUCAACUACGUCAACUCUGUUAAAAGUAACCGCCAUUGAAGAACUGCUACAACCCACAGUGUCAAACUAACUGGCAUGUCUCAUUGUAUCAACGUUUAUAUCUAGUUUGCAAACAAAAUAAUUAUGGCUGUUUUAUUCAACAAUGUAAGAAAUAAAUGAUUUCAUAUAUUAGGCAGA